AUGGAGUUUGUGAAGAAGUGUAAGAGGGGGUAUCGGGGAAACAACGAGAGAUUGCACCCUGAAGACACUACUGGCAGCUACGAAAAAUUAUCAGAUCACAAUAAAAACAAGGAAAACGAUCUUAAGAAGAAGAAGAAGAAAGUUCCACAUGGUUGUGUUAGUGUGUAUGUUGGAGCUGAGAGACAAAGAUUCGUGAUUAAGAUAAAGAUGGCCAACCACCCCUUGUUCAGGACGCUUUUAGAGGCUGCUGAGAAUGAAUAUGGAUACAGAAACGAUGGCCCUCUAUGGCUCCCUUGCGAUGUUGAUUUGUUCUGUGAGACACUGGCGGAGAUGGAGAGAGAGCACUGA